AUGGCCACAACAGAUUCUGAGGAAGCAAAUGAAGAGCUCAGGACACAGUUAGAAGAGGAUGAAAAUAUUAGCUCUGGAUUUACUGCAAGUCAAAGAGAAGUCUUAUUAGCACUUUUAAACAAACAUGAGGUAAAGAAUAUUUAUAGCACAAACCAGAUUGUGACACAGCAGAGAUCACACCCUCAUCAAGAACUUGAUGCCUUGGAGCAUCUUCAGACAUGGCAAAUUACUUCCCUUCCACCUAGAGAAAAGGCCAUCGGGUAUAAAUGGGUUUUCAAACUCAAACAUAACCCGGAUGGCAGCAUAGAGAGGCACAAGGCAAGAUUGGUUGCCAAAGAUGAUGUGGUUCUAGUUGGAAAUGAUCUAGUUAAGAUUGACUCCAUUAAAGCACUACUAAAUGCUUGUUUCAAAAUUAAAGACAUUGGUGACCUGAAAUUUUUUUUGGGAAUAGAAGUUGCUCGAAGCAAACAGGGAGUUGCAUUAUACCAAAGGAAAUAUGCUUUGGACUUGCUAAGAGAAGCUGGUUUUGAGGACUGCAAACCUAUCUCAAAUCCUAUGGAUUACAAUGUCAAGUUGACAAAAGAUGUGGGGAGUUCCUUACCUGAUAAUGCUGAAUACAGAAAACUGAUUGGUAAACUAUUGUACUUGACAAAUACCAGACCCAACAUUAGCUUUGCAGUUAGAAAAUUGAGUCAAUUUCUGGACAAACCUACUGAUUUACAUCUCAGGGCUGCUCAUCGUAUCUUAAGGUACAUUAAAUCUGUACCAGCAAAGGGCCUUUUCUUUCCUUCUCAGUCUGAUUUGCAUGUUACAGGCUUUAGCGAUUCGGAUUGGGCUGCUUGCCCGGACUCGAGAAGGUCCAUAACUGCAUAUUGCUUUUACAUUGGAAGCUCAAUUGUCUCUUGA